GCCGGGCACAGGUCGGGAUGCGCCGCCGACUCUGGCUGGGCCUGGCCUGGCUGCUGCUGGCGCGGGCACCGGGCGCCCCGGGCGGGUACCCGCAUCUGGAGGGCGACGUGCGCUGGCGCCGCCUCUUCUCCUCCACCCACUUUUUCCUUCGUGUAGACCCUGGUGGUCGGGUGCAGGGGACGCGUUGGCGGCACGGCCAAGACAGUAUCGUUGAGAUCCGUUCUGUCCGUGUGGGCACCGUGGUGAUCAAAGCCGUGUACUCAGGCUUCUAUGUGGCCAUGAAUCGCAGGGGUCACCUCUAUGGGUCGCGGGUCUACUCUGUGGACUGUAGGUUCCGGGAGCGCAUCGAGGAGAACGGCUACAACACGUACGCCUCGCGGCGUUGGAGGCACCACGGCCGACCCAUGUUCUUGGCGCUUGACAGCCAGGGCAUUCCCAGGCAAGGCAGACGGACGCAACGGCACCAGCUGUCCACACACUUCCUGCCAGUCCUCGUAUCGUCCUGAAGGGCCGGCCGGUGGUUCAGGAGGCAUGGGCAGUGCACGGGGCCUGGAAGAUCUGGAGCUGAGCGGCGGCAAAGGGCCAGGCCAGAGACCCUGGGCCCUCACAGGUCUUUAUGUCACAAGCUGGGUGCCCACCGGCUGCCAGGUGUGGAGCCAUAGCAGGGCCCCUGCGAGUGAGGGCAGUGCUCAGGGGAUACCCAGAACUGGAGGCUUCCAUCCGCCUAGUUUGGAGGUGAGAACACUCUGGGCACAGCACGGAGAGGCUUGGAGGUGGGGACGUACCAGGUAGAUGAGGAAAGUAGACGGGGUGGACCAGGGAGGGUGGACAUGUCGCAGAGGGCGGGACCCGGGUCAGUGGGAACACAGACCUAUUAGCCCAUGUGGCCAGAGUAUGGGACUGGGGUUAAGGGCACUCUCGUUCUUCCAAGGGGCCUGAGUUUAGUUCUCCCACAGCAGGCCGCUCAUAACCACCGUACCUCCCCUCCCCUCCCCGCCCCUGCAGAGGGUCUGACUCCCUGUUCUCUGCAGGCACUGCAUGUGCAUAUACCCUGCACCCAUUCACAAAAAAAAAAAAAAACAAUUUGUUUUUUUGAGACAAGGUCUCUACAUAACCCUGCUGUCAUGUCAUGGAAUUCACUAUGUAGACUAUGCUGGCCUGGAACUCGAGAGAUCUGCCUGUCUCUGCCUCCUGCACCACCAUCCCAGGCUGAUGUGAGGCCUCUGGACACUGUGUGUUCAAUGCCUGAGUUCCCUGGAGUCACUGGGAGGGGCAGUCUGAUCUCACACGUCACAGCGUGAGGAGACCAGUGUCAGGUGGCCAUCAAAAAUAAAUGUUCCGAGCCUCGGUGUGCAUGGCUGUCAGUGGCAGGACA